UUACCGGUUUACUUCUCAACUGCGUUAUUUCAAAGCGCAAACUUCUUCGACAGUAUAGGUAACUUCUUCGGCGCAAACUUCUUCGGCAUUAUAGGAAUACCGUAAAGAGGGGCGUAGUGGAUUAGCAAGGGCCAUUGCCAAGAACGGUCAUCGGUCGUUUACAGGUUUUCUAUUUAUCAUAUCCUUGAUUUCUUAAAUAGAUAAAAAAAAUUAAUGAUGAUGCAAUAAAUCUCUACCCGACUGCAUACCUUGGUUCGCUUAAGGGAUUUGGCCCGCAUUUUCUUCCCUAUUCAUAUUUCUACGUGAUCCAGAUGUCCCACCCGACUAUCCUAGUGUUACUGAUGCAUUAAAGCACCGAUACCAAAAUCAUUUCGACUACACCUAUGUGGCAGAAGAGGACGGUGAAUCCAUUUGCCAUGGCCUACUAUUACGUCGUUGCCAUUCUUGUCCAGGUAUUAAGGAUUUCCGCAACUGCCGCUGCGGAAACUGUCCUCGCCGUUACAGAUAACUCGACAAUGACUUUUGCUAGUACGGUAGCAUCCCAGCCAUUAUUAACGGUGAACACAGCCGUUCCUAACAUAUUGCCGAGUGUGUCAGCUAUUCCGCCACCUGCUUCUGUCAUCAGAGCCGUUGCGCACUGUUACAGUGACGAAUUUCUUUGCCGAAAGGAGAACCGUUGUGUGCCGCACUUGGUGGUAUGCAACGGUGUGCAGGAGUGCCAGGAUGGCUCCGAUGAGGCCAACUGCACCGACUGCCUUCCCAACUUCCGCUGCUGGUCAGGAGCAUGUGUUCCCUCUGGGCUUGUGUGCGAUGGUGUAGAAGACUGCAGCGAUGGAUCCGAUGAGCGCGACUGUUCACAAAGCGUCUGCCACGCGGCGGGAAUGUUCAAAUGUGUUACGGGAUACUGUCUGGAAAACGAUAACCGCUGUGAUGGAGUAGGCGACUGCUUUGUCAUGGGCUUGCCAGUUGACGAGUUAAACUGCAUUGAAACGGAUAACACUUGUACUAGUCCCAAUCAAUUUACCUGCCAUCAGAGCCUACGGUGUAUUCCACUGCACUGGAGGUGCAAUGGACGAAUUGACUGUCUCAGUCAUGAGGACGAAAUUAACUGUCAGUGCGAUGCCGGAAAGUUUUCUUGUAAAGGUGGUGGCGGUUGCAUUGAUGCCAGAUUGCGCUGCAACGGAGUGGCGGACUGCCCAGAUGGAUAUAGCGAUGAAAAAGACUGCUUCCAGCUACAACAUUCUGGAUUAGUGCAGGCACGAAUGCUGGAUACCGAAUGGCACACUCUCUGCACCCACGGAUGGAAUCUUCGAGCGGCUAACAACAUUUGCCAACAACUUGGAUACCGACCGGCCGUGGCAGUGUUCGCCCUUCCCGCUCCAGCCACCGAAACCGGCAACACUUUCUCGUUGAAACCGGACUUCAAUGCGACGCUGCCCUUGCUGCAACAGCUGCACAUCUCCUCACCUGACACCUGCUCCGAUCCCAAUUCCCGAGCCGGAAUUACAUGCGAGGACUUCCGGUGCCAAAUCGCCAGUGAUCCCGGUGUCGGCAAUCAGGUCAAUUUGCAAUCGGCUAUUGUGAAGAUUACGUUCGACGGUGAUGCCUUCACGGUGUGCAAUGGACACCUGGUGGCACCAAUCUGGAUUCUGACGUCGGCCAGCUGUUUAAUGCAAAAUAGACCGGCCAGCACAAUAAAAUUGACCUUUUAUGCCAACUCUUUCCGCACCAGCGUGAGCGCGGUGUUUUUCCAUCCUAACCAUCUGACUGUGCGCAUGCUGCAUAAUUACGAUUUUGCUCUGUUGAAACUGGCUAGCGUAGUCCCGGCCAACUUGGUUCCCAUUUGUUUGCCGUCCAGUGCUAUCCCGUCUUUGUGCAAAUUGGUGAAGUUGUACGAUAACAAUACCGUGGUGGCAUCACAGCUGCAGCGCGCGGCCGAUAUCGAUUGUAAUUCGAGGCGGAAUUUUGUCGGACUGGUCAGCGGAAGUAUGGAGUGCUGGCGGAGCUCGCUGUCUGUGUGUGACGAGGACGCCGUGUCGCCGAUGAUCUGCCAAAGCACACUGGGUGCAUGGGAAAUCCGCGGCUUCCUCAGCUACCAGCACAAAUGCGGCAACUUCAGCCCCAAACCCCUGGUCUUUGCCAAUCUGACCUACGCCGUCGACUGGAUGCGGGAUCUCAUCGGACCGGCGCUGUCCACUGUGGCGCGCACCAAUGAAUCGGUAUUCUAUCCCGACAAGGAACCCUUUUCGUUUGAAUCCCAUACUGCAGUCGAUACGACCGCGCAUGAGCUGCCGACUACCAGUACACCGCUGGCGACGACUGCCACGACGACCGUGGCCUCAAUAGCGCCGGUGCAUUUUGGUCUGGAGGAGGUGUCGGCGGAGAACGGAAAUGCUUCGUAUAAUUUUAUCAUGCGGAGACCGGUUGGACUGUCGAAAAGUACAGCAGCAGGAUUUGCAGCGGUGCUGUUCAAUGUUGUCGGAAAUAUCACCGGUGUGGCGCUCAACAAGACCGUGGCCACGAUGCUCGUACCGGACACGACGACGUCACCAACGCCAUUCAAACUGCAGCGUCCUGAUGCACGAGGCAAUCGGCAGUUCGAUCUGACGAACCUCGAUCCAUCUGUAGCAUACAGAACCGCGCCUAACGAGCACCGCCAAAUUGUCGUGCUAAUGUAUUUAAAAGGUGACCUGGAAAAGUGCAUCGGCGUUCUGUUGAACUCGCGCUGGAUUCUUACAUCCUACGAAUGCGUCUCUCAAGCUGACCUCACGAUGUCGCCGCGGGAUUGGGCGCUCUUCUCCGACCCCAACUCCAUGGAUCGGAGCUCCUUCCACAUGAUUCGACGGUUCGUCCCUCAUCCCAGUGUUAGGUUUAAUAUCUAUUUUUCCAAGCAUGAUCUGGUGUUGGUGGAAGCCGUGGAAAGCUUAAUAAUGGGAUCAAAUAAUGCGGCUGUGUGGAUGCCGAUGAGUCCGGUAGCGCUGAACGCGUCGUGUGUAACCUAUGGAUACUUGCACUCAAGAACAGAAAUUCCGGGCACGCGGAUGACUAAACGGUCGGAAGGACAACUUUAUUUCUGGAAGACUCCGCUGAUAUCGACGGAGCAGUGCAAUCAAGCUGGAAGUUACAACGGAUUGAUCCCCGACUCAAUGGUGUGUGGUGGUUUCCGCAAUAUCACGCACAGGGGUCCAUGCAUGGGUCGAGUGGAUGGCGCGCCGGUAAUUUGCCGGAAUGCCGAACAGUUAUGGGAAGUGGUGGGGAUCCGCAGCUUCCAGCCGGUGUGUGAUUCUCUCUGGAUGGCCCCCUCGGUGUACACCGACAUUUUCCAGCACCGGCAAUGGAUCAGCGAUGUAAUCGGUCCUUAAUACUCCUUAUCUGACAAUAAAACAAAUGACCACAGCCGAACAGUUUUAUUAAGUGACAUAAUCUGCAGAAUGCUCAUUUACAUUUUCGUGUCUGGAAAUUCUAAGCAAAUUGUUUAGUUAAAGUGCAAACAUGUCUGUUUAUUUCAGUGCAGCCACAGACAUUAAUGCAAAAAGUUUAGUCCAUUCACA